AUGAAUCUUCCCAUUCAAAUCCCAUUAAGCAAAAUCAAACAGUCGGUUAAUAGAAUAGAUGUGACACACAUUGAUCGAUUUCUAACCAGUGAACAGAAGAAAAGAAUUGCCAGCUUUUACCGUGAGGAAGCAGCCAAAAGGACUCACUACCGGCUGGAACCAGAGUGGACUCUUCCGGAAUCUGUAUGCCUGGUCAAAGCUGAACAAACUAAGCAAGUUACUACUACUCCGAAUGAAGACACUCCCUCAUCACCUGACACUGUAGUCACAGAUAGUGAUGAGAUCGAACCAGUAGACACGGAAAUACUCGAAAUUGGCACAUCACCAUUGAGUUCCAUCGGUUCAGUUGAAAGCCCUGAAAACAGUCCUGGACCAGAUCCUAUCCAAGUAAUAUUGUCAGAAGUUCUCCGAAGAAAUCAAGGAUCAUACCAAGGGUUUAAGAAAGAUGUUAUCACCAUGAGCAAAUUUACCAAGGUUUUUGGUGAGAUCUCGAAUACCAAACUCAAGAAAUUGAUAUAUCAGGAAAAGCUCAAGCAAGUCAAGAAUCUGAAGAAACAAUAA